AUGGCUAACAACUUUCUUGAUGUGUUUUGCUGGAUUCAGAACCUUCCACCAAUCUCAGAAUGGGAAACAAGUUCCAUGUCCUUAAGCAUAUGUUCUUCUUCAAGCUCAUGCCAACCACGUCUUAAUCUCACCACCUCAAAACCUUUCAAGCCAAUUAGCAGCACUACUAAAAACACCAAUAAUAAGUUAAUAGAUGAUGAAGAAACCAUUUACAAUGUCUUUGCUAAUUUCAUUCAAGCCAUCCUUCUUUAUGGCUCCAACAAAAACAGCACUCCCUUCAUCAGAUUUCCAAACCUUGACUCCACAGCUUCCGACAACCUUUCAGACGUUUUCAAUCUUUCUUUCUUCACCCUCUUGUUCCUAGUUUACAUAUAUGAAGCUCCUGCUGCAGAUUUUCGUUCUGGGUGCAUUAGUAACUUGAAAGACCACUUGAUAGGUUUUCAAUCUAGACAAGCAUCACAUAUGAUUAUGAAACUCUUAGGGUCUAACUUGGAAGAGCUGUGGAUGCGUUCAUUGAACCUUGCGGUGCAGCUGUAUUGUCACCUCAUGGUCAUGGAUGUUGAGAAUUCAAAAAGCAGUCCAGCUAGCGAGAGGCUUCAAUUCUCCCUCAGAUAUCACCAUGUGGAAGGCGUUCUUCAAUUCAAUCACAAAGUCUUAAUCAAAGACGAGUGGGCUGAAAUCAUGGUGGACAUUGACAACGUAAGGUGUGAUGUUAUCAAAUUGGUGAAUGAGUUCCUUAUGAAACAACGAGGGGCUGGUGCAGCUGAAAAACAUUUUCCUUCCAGAAUAUCAUUGCAACUUACACCCACAAUCCAAGACCAAGUGUUGAGCCUAUCAGUUGGCAAAUCCUCAGAGAACCCACGAAAAGAAAUUGGUGUUGACAAAAGCGUAGAAGCUUCAUUUGAGGCAUCGAAUCCCUUGGCACUUAAGGUGUCAGCUGGAGAGAGUCCUCAACCGUUAGUUUAUGGAUACAGUGCAAAUUUGAAUUGGUUUCUUCAUGACAGCGUUGAUGGCAAAGAAGUUUUGUCAUCAAAGCCUUCGAAGUUUGCAAUGCUUAACCCAAAGUCAUGGUUCAAAAAUCGAUACUCCAGUGCUUACCGACCUUUCAACAAGGAAGGAUGGGUUAUAUUCGCAGGUGAUGAAUAUGGAAAAAAAGUGUGGUGGAAAGUGGACAAAGGAGCCAUAGGGAAAACAACGGAAUGGAAGAUAAGGGGUUGGAUAUGGCUAACAUAUUGGUCUAACAAAAUGUGUGACAUUCUACAGUGAAACUAGGAGGUUGGAGUUUCGAGAAAUAGUCCAUCUCGACGUUGCUUAGCCUUGCCUCCAGAGUAGUGAUGUGCAAAUUAACUACUACUAUUGUUUAAACCUGUGAUUCCUUAAUUGGAAGAUAGAAGUGAUCUGUGAUCCUUUCAUUAGUUUCAGGUUGAUAUGAUCCAUGGACACGAUUAUAUAUCAU